AUGUCAAAUUGGGAACACGGUUUAUGCGAUUGUACUUCUGAUAUCAGAGUUUGUUGUAUCAGUUACUUAUGGCCACAACUUCAAAUUAUGCAACAGAGGGCUACAGUAGAGGGCAGACAGUGUGAAAUCACUGAUUGCAUCUUCACUGCUUUAUGUUUUCCAUGUGUUACUUGUUUAACUCGUUCACAAAUCAGAGAAAAACAUGGUAUAGAAGGUUCAGGUGUUAUGGAUUGUUUAACUGUCUGUUAUUGUACCCUCUGUACCAUUCACCAACAAACUAUGCAACUCCAAGCUAAAGGUGAAAAACCAUCAGGUUUAUUCAUGAACUAA